AUGUCCGUGUACGACGUGAUUGUCAUUGGCGCUGGCGUCGUCGGACCCGCGGUGGCGACGUCGCUCGCCCGCCAGGGGCGCCAGGUGCUUAUUGUCGAGCGGGACUGGGCGCGUCCCGACCGUAUCGUGGGCGAGUUGCUCCAGCCCGGCGGCGUCAAGGCCCUCCAGGAGUUGGGGAUGAUCGAUGCCGUGUCCGGUAUUGACGCUACCGACGUCACCGGCUAUUAUAUCAAGUUUGGCGACGACGCCCUCGAGAUCGACUACCCAUACAAAGCUGACACUCAGGCGCCGCGCCCAGUUAAGGACGUGGCGACGGAGAAAAACACCCGUCUUCAUAGCGACGCCACCAUCGACGCCGACGCCUGGGAACGCGACCCCAAAGUACGCGGGGUCGCCUUCCACCACGGCGAUUUCAUCGGCAAUUUGCGGAGCAUCGCCAAAGCCGAGCCGAACGUCACCGCUGUCGAAGGGACCGUGACCAAAAUUCUCUAUAAUGAUGAAGGCGAUGUUGCUACUGGGGUGCUGUGUAAGACCGGCGAGGGCGUCGUCGAGUACUACGCGCUGGUAGUGAUUCUGUGUGAUGGUAUUUACUCCAAGUUCCGUAAGGAAUUGACGAAUAUGGGCACUCCGCAAGUGGAGCUGUACUUUGUCGGUCUUCACAUGAAGCACGCGAAGUUGCCGCUGAAGAACCGCGGCCACGUCGUCCUUGGCGACCACGCUCCCAUCUUAAUGUACCAGAUCGCUCCCGAUGAACUGCGCAUCCUCUGCGCUUACCGCAGUCUGAAACCGCCCUCGCUGAAGAACGACGAGCUCUACCGGUUUAUGAUGGACGAGAUCAUCCCCGCCGUGCCCAAGAUGACGCGGCCGGCGUUGCGGGCGGCGGCGAAACUGCGUAAGUUCCGCGUGAUGCCCAACCAGUACCUCCCCGCCGUACCGCAACGUACCAAGGGGCUUAUUGUCAUUGGCGAUGCCCUUAAUAUGCGUCACCCACUCACUGGUGGCGGAAUGACGGUGGGGCUUAACGACGCCGUACUUUUGGCUCGGUUAUUACACCCGCUGGUGGUUCCGGACUUAGAUAACCACGACCAGGUGUUGGUGCAACUUAACAAGUUCCACCGGUUGCGGAAAAACUUGGACGCGGUGAUCAAUACCCUUUCCAUUGCCCUCUAUGCUCUUUUCGCUGCUGACCGUAAUGCCCUUAAAAUCUUACAACGGGGCUGUUUCCGCUACUUCCAGCGCGGUGGACUGUGUGUGCUGGGUCCCAUUGGUUUACUUUCGGGGAUGUUACCGUUUCCGAUGCUUUUAUUUAACCAUUUCUUCAGCGUCGCCUUCUACUCGAUCUACCGCAAUUUCGGCGACCGGGGCAUUUUCGGGUUCCCCAUUGCCUUGAUGGAGAUGAUCGACGUGCUAGUCACCGCCAUCGUCAUCUUUACCCCGUACUUGUGGCGUGAAUUAGUGUGUUAA